GCAGGUGAGGGCGACGCGAAGGCCACCUGUCCCAACCACAGUGAGCUGCUGGAAGGUACUCGCUGCCUAGUAGGAGUCGGACCAAGAACUAAUAGAAAGAUGGUGCCGCCUGAAAGGAAACCUGCUGUUCUUAAUGAAAAAUAGAAGCAGUACAUCAGCUCCUGCUGAAGUAAUAGUCCUAGAACGAUGUUACAUUGUGGAAGGCAGAGAUAGCAAGAGCUCAGCAUUAACUAUCACAUGCAAGGAACUGGUGGCUACAGCUCGUGAUCGGAAACCAAAUGCCUUUGUGCAGAUCACAGUCAUAAAUCCUACACAGCAGGGCUUGACCAGAUACUCUAAUACUGAAACAGUAGAGGGAACAAGGGAUCCAGUGUUUCUGACUGGUGCUACUUUCCCACCGGGCUAUCCCAUUUAUGAAGAGACGCGGGUGAAACUAACAGUCUAUGAUGUCAAAGAGAAGUCCCAAGAAACCCGAAGCUUCCUGGGCUCUGCUACGUUUGCUAUAGGUGAUUUGCUGAAGUCAGAGGAGCAAACACUGACCAUAAACCUCAGCCCUCUAGAUGGUUCAAGCAAAGUGGGGACCAUAGUGGUCAGCAACCUUAAAAUGGGAGAAAAUGAGAAUGAAGAAACCGACCAAGCUCCUUCUGAAGCGUCGAGAGAAAAGGUAAAUUCAGCAUUAUAUGGGAGUGUUUUGCACAGGACUGUUAAUGAUGCUGGAAAAUUCUCACUACUAGAUUCAGUGUUUAAAAAUAUCAUAUGGAAAGUGUAUAGAUUACCUACAGCCAAUGGCAAGUGGCUCUGUGUCCGAGAACAAAUGGCUGAAAGUACACUGUCCUUCCACAUCCCCAAGCAACUGAUAGAACUCUUCAUCCAGGAAGAUAUGAGAAGGUUGCAAGAUCUUGAGGAGCUAGGCGAGCUUUCUGCUCAUUGGGACACCCUACGCCAAAAUGUAACCAUCCAUUACCAACAGAUGAUUAGCAGCUAUCAAGAAGUACUUACAGAGCUCAAUAAAUUCUCAGGGUCGUCAUUUAAACCAAGCUGCAGCAGAGGGGAGAAGAAGCUUGAAUUUGUUCCCGUUAAUUUACAUUUACAGCGAAUGCAAAUCCAGAACAGCUCUGCCAAAACAGAUGGCAUUUAUGAUGUGGUAACGAUUGGAGCACCUGCAGCGCAUAUUCGGGGAUUUCGAAAUGGAGGUCUUCGCAGGCAACUGUACAGAUUUGAGGGAGAAAAGAGAAAUUCAGCGUACCAAUAUAUUUACUAUUCGCCUGAAGACACGACCAAAGCAAAAGAAGUUAUAACCAACAUCUAUAAGCUUCAGCCUCGCAUAUUGAGCAACACAGAUCUUCUUCUUACUGCAGCAAGGCAACACUCCAGUGACAGCCUCAAGGAUACAUUGAAAACGCUCAGUGAAAUAACUGAGCAGUUUGUACAUACUUUUGAAGACCAGUUGGUGAGAAGCGCCCUGUUGGCUCUACAUAAAGCUCGUCCAAGCUACAUCAACAAAAAGUGCUCCACUCUCAUCCAUAAUCCAGAAGGCACUGAAGAGCAGUCUGAAAGCAAUCAGCGCAGGUCCAGUAAAGAUUCAAUACCUCACCAUGCUGAAUAUGAUGAGGAAGAUUGGGACAGAGUGUGGGUGAAUGUGGGGAAAAGCUUGAACUGUAUUAUUGCAAUGGUGGACCGACUGCUUGAACAGAGUGACAACAGACCAGAAUGUGAGCCAAAGCCUUCGUCGGCUGACCAAAGCCCCUCCUCGGCAUGUGAUAACUGGUAUGAAGGCCUGUACCCCCUGGUAAUUACUCUAAAGGACUGUGUCAGUGAAGUGAUUAACAGAGCAAAGAAGGCGAUGGUGUUUGUUCUUCUUCAAGAUUGCGGUUCCAAUAUACCACAGGCCCUGGCAUUGCAUCAGAGGAGAGACGUUGUAUUCAGCCAAGCACUUGCAGGCCUGGUCUGUGGGUUUGUGAUCAAACUGCACACGUGUUUACAUGAUCAGGGUUUCCUAUUGCAGCUUCACACAGUGGGUUUGCUGGUGCAGUUUGAAGGACUUCUCAGCACAUACAGCGAAGAGAUUGGAAUGCUAGAGGACAUGUCAAUUGCAAUCACGGAUUUGCAGAAAGUGUCAUUUAAAGUUGUUGAAGCACAGUUGCCAGAGAGUGCCACUGCUGACCUUUAUCCUGUUGUGACUGGAAUCCGAGAUUUUUACACAGUGGAGGUACAGCUUCCCAGCAAAUUAUUUGAGGUUUUGCCACAGGAGAUAAAAGAUGGAAAGUUGUUACGUGUACAUCCAGUGUUUUUUAACAUCGGAAUAAAUGAGCAACAAACUCUGGCUGAAAGGUUUGGAGAUAUUUCGCUGCAGGAAAUUAUAAAUCAAGAAAAUUUUAAACUACUUAAUAAAUAUUACAAAUCAUUUCAAGAAAAAGUAUCAACUGAUUGUCUGCCUCAAUUUCAAACCCAACUUGAUAUAAAAGAACUAUUUCAAAGCCUUAGUGAAAAUAUCCAAGCUAGGAAGAGAAAAAAUGUGGAAAUCCUAAAACUUGCCGCAUCAAUUUGUCGAAGGCUCAAUGGAAUACGUUUUACAAGCUGUAAAAGUGCCAAAGACAGGACAUCAAUGUCAGUAACAUUGGAACAAUGUGUGAUUCUGCAAGAAGAGCACAGCCUACAUCCAGACUAUUUUGUCCGAGCUCUGGACUGUAUGAGGAGAGAAGGAUGUCGAAUAGAGAAUGCACAGAAGAAUAUAAAAUGCAGGAAGUAUGCAUUCAACGCAAUUCAGCUGAUGGCAUUCCCAAAAUAUUACAGGCCACCAGAUGGAACGUAUGGAAAAGCAGACACUUAAGCAAUUUUGUUUGUAAACAGACAGUCUACACAAAAAAAAAUCAGGUGUUUAUUAGCCUCAAAUAGAGAGAGUGAGUAAUUUAUCUUUUUUUUGACUGAGUGAUUUAUCUGCUGAUGAUGUCCAUUUAUAUUACACGUAUUGGGAAUCAUAUUUGUGUUUAAACAAAUGGAAAUUGUACAUAGCCCUUUGCAAUUUUUUUUGAUUGAAGGACCUAGCCAUUUUUUCCUUGUUGAUGUUGCACAAAGAACACUAGAAUAUUGUACUGUUUGAAGUCCUUUUCAAAAAGUUACACCUGCGUUAAAAAUACAUAAAAUGGGUACUCUUUGAAUUGCUGUUCUUGGAACUGGAAGUUCUUGUUACAACAGAUUACUGUCCACAGUCAUAUUUCCACUUCUUGCGAUUGCCAUUUAGAAAUAAGAAGUGAUUUUUAAAGUAGAUGUUUAGUAACACAAGCAAAUAUGUACUGAUAUGUUUGCAGUUAUUCAACAAUGCAUCCAACUCAAGUGCAAUAUAGGGAAUAUGUGACUUAAAGAAUUAUUGUAUUUACUGCUGGUGUUUGUGCCAAAACAUUUCUCUGUUUGGUAAACAGCACAUUAUGUUCUUAAAAGGAAUAUGUAUAAAAUAGGCUCCUGUCUCUUAUAAUGUGUGUUACAUUAAGCAUAGGCACCUAACUGACAAUUAGGUAGUAACAUUAGAAGUACUUGUCUCUGGCACAUUCACCAACCAAGGAACUAUUUAAAUGCAUUAAAAAAUAAUUUCAAUUUUUAAGUAUGCAUUUUCACUUUUCUAUAACAGCUGUUUAAAAAAAAGCAGGAAAUCCGCACUAUUAUAAAGCUGAAUACUAUAGAGCAGAACUAGGCAAGUGUACAGAUCACACAAUUUACAUCAAACGAAGGGCAUCUUCAUUGUUUUUAAAUAACCUUUCAUGUAUUAGAUUUCUUGAGGUCCUGAGACAUUUUAAAACGACUGAUAUUUAUGCUGCUAAUACAGCAUUAUAAUUAAAGAACCAAGCAGAUAUAAAUAUUGAUACUUAAGGAAGCUACCUGUAGGUAUUCUUGAAAUUACCCCAGGAAGAAGAGCAAAAUCUUUAGGACGAAGGAGAAAAUUGGUGUCUCUGGAGAAAUAAAGUUGGAGUUGGUAAGAGGUUGUCAUUCUCUAUCCGACAAUCAAAGUAACCUAUUUAUUGCAAUCAAUUAUACAAUGUUGAUUUAAAAAAAUGUUAUUUUUGUGCAUGACAAGGUGAUCUUGUAAAACUGGUGCUUCAAUUGUUCAUUUGAUCACUGCAGCAAUAGCAACUGCAUAAAGCAAAAUUUUGUGAAUUUAAUUGUUUUUCAA